CCUGGAACCAUGUCAAACGCCACCUCCUUCUUCCUCUAUAUAACCCACAACCCUCCCCAUUUCUCAGCUCUCUCUUUGCAGAACAAGAAAAAAAAAGAAAAAAAACUAGAAAUGGGUAACUGUUUUAGGCGAGAUUCGUCCAUGGUGUGGGCCGGUGAUGACUUGGGGCCAAUGGAGCUGGCCAACCAGGAUGAUGAUAAGGAAGUGUUUGGUGGCGGUGGGGCUGCUUCAGACAUGGAGGAGAAGAGGAGGCUGCUAGCGGAGAUGGGAGGCUCUUUGCCAAGGUCUCCGUCUGGUAGAGAGGUGAAGAUCAAGAUCACAAAGAAGGAGCUUGAGGAGUUGCUGGCCAGAGUGGACAUGCAGGGGGAGACCUUGGAACAUGUACUGGCUCAGCUGAUGAUCAACGGUACUGACAAUGAUCGGUCGGCCGAUAUGCAGCGGCAGAGAUCUUGGAGGCCGGCACUGCAGAGUAUCCCGGAGGUGAACUGAUCAAGUUCAUAUGUCUCUUGGAUGAAAGAUGUGGUUACAUUUUUUGGGCUUAAUUAAUUAUCAUCUGUACAGUAUAAUUAGAUCAUUUUUUUUUUCAAUUUUCAUGUACACACUUUCUUCUUUAUUCUCGUUCUUUCAUUUCCA